AUGAACGGUGAAUACUCCGAUAAUCGGACUGUGGAAAUCGCCGGGGAUGAAACUUCGUCCAAACUUUCAGUUCUUAGCCAAAAGAUCGAUGGACUUGAACGGGAAAGUGAGAAGAUAAUAUCCGAGAACAAGAAGUAUAAGGAGAAGAUUGAGGAAUUGACAGCCUCUGUUAAAGAUUCGGAUGCAGAGAAUGUGGAGUUGAAAAAACAGGUUGAAAGUGCUGAAUCUGAAAACAGGACUCUUGGGGCGGUGGCCUCUCGAGCUGCGGAGCUGGAAGCUGAGGUGGCCCGCCUGCAGCACGACUUGGUAACUGCGAUGAGUGAUUUGCAAGAAUCAAAUGUUGAGUUAUCAGAGGUGAAAAGGGAUUUGGAGGAGUUGAAAGGAAAGGAGAAGGAGAAGGAUGUUAAGCUGGCAGCAAUUGAGAAGGAGAGAGAUUUCUUAGUGGUGAAAAUCAGCGAACUGGAGGAGAAUAAGAGUGAUUUUAGGAACGAAAUGGCGGGGAAGGAAAAGGAGAUUCAAGGUUUGAAGGAGAGAGUUGAGGAAUUGGAGGCUGUGGUGGGAAAGAAUGUGGGAUUGGAGAAGUUGAAAAAUGAAUUGGAAAAGAAGGUUGUGCAAGUGGAGGGGAAAAUUGGGGUGUUGGAGAGUAAAUUGGAUGAGGAAGUGAUGGUGAAGGAAAGGUUGAUUAUGGAAGGUGUUAAUGGUGGUCUUAAUAGGGAGAUUGUGGCCGACGGUGAAAAGAAGGGCUUGAUUGGUGGUCUAAAGGAAAGGGAUUGGCCGGUAAUGGUGGGAUCUGCUGUUGCACUAAGCAGUGAUUCGGAUGCACAUGAGUUAGAGUCUGAUCAUAUGAUGGAUACUCUGUUUCAAAUUAGUGGAGAAUUGUGCGUAUCCAACGUGGAUGAUUAA